AUGCCUUUGAAGGCCGUCGUCACACUUGAUAAACAUCCACUACAGCGCCGAAAAAAUCGAUUAUUGGUUACGGUAUUUUCUAGACAGGAAACCGAAAAGAACAUGGUUCACUAUAAACUUACGUACUUCGAUGGUCGUGGGUUGGCUGAAUGUGCUCGCCAGCUAUUUGCACUUGCUGACCAGCCAUACGAGGAUGUUCGUCUGACUAAAGAACAGUUCGCUCCAUUGAAAGCAAGUUUGCCUUUUGGACAAGUGCCAGUGCUAGAGGUAGACGGGAAAGAACUAGCGCAAUCGCAGGCAAUCAAUCGCUAUUUAGCCAAGACUUUCGGGUUUGCUGGAAAGGACGCGUUUGAAGAAGCGGUAAUCAACUCACUGGUCGAUCUGUAUACUGAUUACAGAACUGAGCUUAAACCAUACUUCUAUGCACUUCUUGGCUUUGCGCCAGGCGACCUGGAUAAGUUGGCGAAGGAAACGAUGGUCCCAGCUCGCGACAAAUUUCUCGGAUUCGUUACGAAAUUUUUAAAGAAAAAUGCUGAUAGCGGUGCGCUCAUAACAAGACUUUUAGCUGCCUUGAAAACUUACAUUUAA